AUGGGUCUCUCAUACACUAACCUUCGUGCCUCUCAUCCCGUCGGUGGAGUGCUUAUAGCAGACGACGAUGAAAUAGGCCAUUAUGCUUGUCUUUUUCAUGAUGGUCUCAGCGUACCACCAACGGUCACACAAGAACGUUUUGAUUUAGCGAUAACAUUCGUCGGUAGUACUACUGAUACAUGUAUUGUAUCCUUUCCGAAACCGAGCAUGACAUGGUUAAGAUAUAUAUUAGCUUUACUUUUAAAUAGUGGUAAAGUGCGAUCUGAGAAAUUUAUGAGAGAACACGUAAUCUGGCCCGAAUUGCAAGACUUUACUAAGGAACGAUUGGAACCCUCGUCAGUGCAACUUAUUCUGGGUUGGUUAGUAACUAACCGAAAUGAUAAUAUUCUUAAUUGA